UUAACCGAGAUGAUAGAAUACCUAAGCCGAAACAAAACAUGUCCGCCUCGUCCGAGCGUUGAGACUUUUAAAGUUUAAAGUCGCUAGCGAUUUGUCGUCAGUCGUGUCACAUGAGGAGUAGGAAGCGACAGAAAAGCGACGGAUAUUUGUUGUUGGCGUCAUUUUUUCCCCCACCUUUCUCAAGUCGCCAGCGAUUUCUCGCUGCAUGAGUUCACACCAAUCGCUAACAGCGAUCGACGUAUCAAGCCGAUCAAGUCAAGCUCGAUUAUUCGUGCAUCGUGUGACGUGUAUCCUGAAGACUAAAGACGCGACGUGUAUUUUGUUAAGAGGUUAUAGUCGUGAUGGGUGCAGCGGAGAAUUCCGUUAUACAAAUCAAUAAGUGGGAUGGCUCAGCCGUGAAAAAUGCUUUGGACGAUACAGUCAAGGAAGUACUCACCAAGAAAUAUAAUUACAUAGAAAAUUUUUCUCUUCUUGAUGGAAGACUGUUCCUCUGCGGAAUUACUGUUACUAUAGCUAUCAUAGCACUGUUAUGUGAUUACUUAUAUCCAUUCCCUGCUUCCAAGCCUGUUUUAAUAGCCUGUGUCUCCUUCUAUUUUCUUUUAAUGGGACUCUUGACAUUGUAUACGACAUACAAAGAGAAAGGCAUAUUUAUAGUUGCAAUUCAAAGAGAUCCAGCAGGUUUCAAUCCCGACAUGAUUUGGGAGGCAAGUUCCUAUUUAAAGAAAUACGACGACAAGUACAAUCUGAUAUUGUCAGUUAAGAGCACGUCAAUGGGAAUCUUCAAUGAGACAAGUGUUACAAAAUCCGUUGCAAAUUUCAUCGAUGUUAAUGGCGCAGUGAUACCGGGAUUACUAGAAGCUGUAGUGACGAACAUGCAUGACAGUCUGACAUCACAACGAAAGGAGAAGUAGCAGUGUUCUGAGAUAAAAAACAGAGAUAAACUAAAAUCAUUGUAAGCUUUUUUAAAGUAAUUAAGUUUUUUUCCCAUGAAAUUUUGUUGCGUCCAGUUUUUCGAUCGUGUUUUGAAAUAUAUGUAGUGCACAUAUCCAGUUCCUCAUAUAACGAUGUAAAUAACACAAAAAUAAGAAGCUAAGCACUUUCAUUCAUAUAUUG